AUGGGCAAAAAAGUCGCUCAAGAAGUUUCCACCAUCCACAAGAAGACUUGUAGCACCUCCGAAAAGCAAGAUGCCGAUGUCGCUGCUACUGGGCUGACCGCGCUCAUCAUCGCCCCUGUAGAAGAUGUCGCCGCCUACGCAUUAAAUGUUCACCUCAACAAGGAAACACUAGCCGCAAUCACAACAGGCUACUGGACACUAGCAGAAGCCGCGGUAAUGUAG